UCCGCAGGACUAUUAAUAGCGCCAUCUAGUGAAUGUUUACAACUAACAACCAAACCUACUUACUAUUGGUUAAUUCGAACGAGCCGCUGGUCACGCUAAUAGGAUCUGAACUAGACGUCUUGUUACCAACUUCAAGUCAAAAUGGAUGAGUAUUCAAAGAUUGAAAAAAUUGGAGAAGGCACAUAUGGAGUGGUCUACAAGGGCAGACAUAAGAAAAGUAACAGAUUAGUAGCAUUGAAAAAAAUUAGACUGGAGUCUGAAGAGGAAGGUGUUCCAUCCACUGCAAUUCGAGAAAUUUCUUUGUUAAGGGAACUACAGCAUCCUAAUAUUGUUUCACUUGAAGAUGUUUUAAUGCAAGAAAACAAGCUCUAUCUUGUAUUUGAAUUUCUUUCAAUGGAUUUGAAAAAGUAUUUGGAUAGUAUACCAGCUGGAAAUUUUAUGGAUCCCAUGCUUGUCAAGAGCUACUUGUAUCAAAUUACAGAAGGGAUUCUGUUCUGUCACAAACGCCGUGUGUUGCACAGAGACCUUAAACCUCAGAACCUGCUUAUCAAUGAUAAUGGUGUGAUAAAACUUGCAGAUUUUGGUCUAGCUCGAGCAUUUGGUAUACCUGUUAGAGUUUAUACCCAUGAGGUUGUGACCUUGUGGUACAGAGCUCCUGAAAUUCUGCUGGGAUCCCCUCGCUAUUCAGUACCAGCUGAUAUCUGGAGCAUUGGUUGUAUUUUUGCUGAAAUGGUUACUAGGCGCCCAUUAUUUCAUGGUGACUCUGAAAUUGACCAGCUUUUCCGUAUUUUUAGAACUUUAACAACACCAACAGAAGAAACUUGGCCUGGGGUGUCUCAGCUGCCUGACUUUAAACCAUCAUUCCCACAUUGGAAAACAAAUCAACUAGCAAACAGUGUUAAGCAGCUUGAUAGACUUGGAUUGGAACUUUUACAAGAGAUGUUGAUUUAUGAUCCCCCUCAAAGGAUACCUGCUAAGGCUAUUUUGGAACACCCUUAUUUUGCUGAUUUAGACAAGACUACACUUCCUGCCAGAAAUUUUACACCCAUGGAAUUAAUGUAUGAUUAACACCUGCAGUUCGGUCUACGCUGAUUGUGAUUAAACAUAUUUUUUAUGUCAUUUUGUUGUUACCUGAAUCAUUGCAUACUCUAAAAAAAGACUGUCUUUACCUGCAUACUUGUACCUAUUCUGUCUAUACUUUCAACAUGAUUGUCAUUAAAGCUUGUAAAUAAUGCAAAUGUUUUUUUAAAUGAUCUGAUUUUUUUUAUGACAUGUAUAUUUUGUUCUGAACACUGGCUAUAUUGUAUGAGAAUGAUAAUGAAAUAUGACUUGAAUUGUAAUGGAAUGGUGAAGAGUUGUGUACAUAUAAUAUGGGGUUGGCACUAUUGGACAAUAUAACAAUAUCUCUCACUGGUAAGAAAUACUCGAGUGUUGAACAGAUUGACUGUAAACCUCAAAUUGGUGUUAGAAAUUAUGAGUGCAGUUCGAUAUGGUGUAAUAAAAAUAUUGUUAAGUUAA